GGAAUUAUUCCUGAUCCGAAACCUGUAAGAACUCCUGAAGACAAGCUUGACAAAACUCGAUACUGUGCGUACCAUAACUCCCCGGGACAUAAUACCGAUGAGUGUCUCGGCCUUUUGUCGGCCCUUCUGCGUUUAAUUGGGCAACCACAACUUCAAAAGUUCAAAAAUUUUGAUAAUCGCCGUAAAGGAAGACCCGUUGAUGUUUCAGAUGAAGAAGAUGACGAUGAUCGGGCCCUCAAUCCAAAGAGAAUCCGUGCGAACGACAAGGAAGUUUUUACGUUUUCCACUUUUGUCGGCACUUCGACGUACAACAAUAAGAAACUCAGAACGCAUGAUGCAUCGAACUCUUCUCAUUACAUACCUCGAAUAAAUUCUAACACAAAACAGUUGGACACAUCCCGGCGAAAAGCUAAAGCCUAUGUUAGGGAAGCACAUAAUGCCGGAAAGCAAGUUAUGAACGUUGAUCUUCGAGAUACUAUUAAUAAGCGAAAUUGUCCCAUUAUAUUUAACAUCAAAGAUGCCAAUCUGUUCGCUCACCCUCACUCUGAUGCUCUCGUUAUCACUGCUCCAGUUGGAGGAAUUCCUAUUCACCAAAUCAUGGUUGAUACUAGAGCUUAUUCAAGUAUUUUGAUGUUUCGCACUUUCAAGAAAUUGGGUUUGGAUCCCGCUGAUAUCAGGCCUUGCAAUGACCAUAUUCAAGGCUUCAAUAGAAGCAUUUCUUGCCCUCUUGGUGAAAUUUUACUCCCCAUUCGAUUUGGUGGCUUCGGACCAAAAUCCAAGAUCAUUAUGGAAACUUUCAAAGUCUUGGAUAUUCACAAUGAGUACAAUGCUGUUGUAGGACGUACCGCUCUUUACAAACUCCAUGCUGCU